AUGAUCUUUUAUUGCGGAAAAGUAGUAUUACUCGCGUUGCUAGUCGCGUUAGCUUUAGCGACUGCGCUCCCGCUGGAUGAUCCUUCGGAUGAAAGUGUGUCAACAGAAGUUUCGUCUACGACCGAAACCACCACCAGUGAUACUAAUAGCCAGAAUCCAUUACAAAAUACGGUGUUACAAGCGGUCCUUGGAAUUUUAGUUGGUGCUAUUGGUAUAGCAGUUUGUGCGGGAGGAUUCUACUGUUACUGUAAAAGGAAAAAAGAUAGGGAUGACGAUAAAUCCAGAGAUAUUUCCCCUAUCAUAACAGAACCACUAAUCGACCUUCAACCCAAGGACACCAUUGCGUCUGAGGUUAGCGCUGUUGGAACCGAUAUUGGCCCGCACAGCACCAUCAUUAGUGCACCCGAGGGAGCCGAGACAUCGCGAACAGGCGAACAUGAGAAAAUCGUUGUUACCCCGUAUGGGCCUGCCAAGGAUGUUGAUCCAUCGAAAUUGGGAGUUUCAUCGCAAGAGAUCCACGGAACACAUCACAUAUCCUCUUCAAGUGUCGAUCUUAGUCAGGGUCAGGGACCAUCGGGUAACGACUUCGAAUGA